UCAGGUAGGAGGUCUUGUGUGACUUUGGGCGUCCGCUCAACCUCUGUGAGGAGAGUUUUUGGUCUGUGGCCUGGCAGACUUGUUUAGUGCUUUCGGACCCGAGUCCUCCACCGUAAACAUGCUCCGCCAGAUCCUGGGUCAGGCCAAGAAGCAUCCGAGUUUGAUUCCCCUGUUUAUAUUUAUUGGAGCUGGAGGUACUGGAGCAGCACUGUAUCUCAUGCGUUUGGCAGUGUUCAAUCCUGAUGUCUCUUGGGACAGAAAGAAUAACCCUGAACCCUGGAACAAACUGGGUCCCAAUGAUCAGUACAAGUUUUACUCAGUGAAUGUGGAUUACAGCAAACUGAAGAAAGAAGGUCCAGACUUCUAAAUGAAAUGUUUCACUUAUAAAGCUGCUCAUAAUGAAGGUCUUCCAGAAGCCAUCCGCACAAUUUUCCACUUAACCAGGAAAUAUUUCUCCUCUAAAUGCAUGAAAUGAUUUUGAUGUGUCCAGAUUUACACUGGUUAAUAAAUAUCUGAAACUUG